CAACCCCAUACAUAAAGACAGAUUACGCAUUCAUCUCCUAGUCUCCCACUCUUCCUCUGCACUCCACAAGACGGACAACAAACAAUGUUCAUCAUCUCCUUCCGCCGCUUUAACCGCUACACUCUAUAUCUCUCUUCCCCCUUUCUAGUUUCUCCGGCCACCUUUAUCUCCCCGCUUGCACUUUCCAAUUUCAGAUUUUAAGGCACUUGUUUCUUCUGCUAGUAUCAUCUGCAUCGGUUAGAAGUCCAAACUCGAAUGUCCGAAUUUACUAUGAAAGAACUAAAACACGAAGAGAGUCGGUUGAUGGGUUUAUCAGAAGAUCUAACCCUUGAAAUCCUACUUCGACUACCUCUAAAAUCAUUAGGAAGAUUCAAAUGUGUCUCCAAAACAUGGCGUUCCCUAAUCUCAAACCCCAAAUUCGCCAAAUUUCGUCUCCAAUUUUCAAACAAUCCACCCUUAACCCUUGUUUUACAAAAAUUUAACAUCAUAUCCUUGCUCAAGUAUAGAAAUACCACUGAUAUUUCUGAGGGUGUAGACAUAAUCCCAAUGGAUCAACAAUUUGGUGGUGUUGGCUCUUGUGAUGGACCUCACGGUUGUUAUUGUUUCCUCGUUGGAUCAUGUGAUGGUCUUGUUUGUCUUUAUGUUAAGAUUAAGAGAAAAAUUUGUCAAGAUUCAUUACAUCUUUGGAAUCCUACCACCAAUGAACACAAACAAAUCACAUUGCCUAUGGAAUAUGGUUUAACUUAUCUUAAUGUUAAGUGUUGUUGGUUUGGAUUUGUUCCCUCCUUAGAUGACUACAAAGUCUUUUUAGUGUAUAAAGUGGGUAAUCCGGUCUAUGCAGAGCGAGUGCAUGUGUACUCAGUGAGGAAUCAUAGAUGGAGAGAAAUACAAGUCACUGGUGAUGUAGACUCGCCCUUUGCUUCUGAAACCAACUCGGUUUUCAUGAAUGAAGCAUUGCAUUUCGUUGAUAGUAUUGGUCGUCAAUGGAUUCAUAAGUUUGAUUUGGUUGUAGAAACCUUUGAAAGGGUACCCUUCUCAAUGAAUCCGGAUGUGUUUCCAGUUUCCCGCCAGGUAACACUAGGUGUCAUUGGAAUAAAGAAAUGUAUUUGUGCUAUGUUCAUACAAAUUCCAGUGGAAGAUGAAUGGAUGUUUGAGUUGUGGAUGUUAGAGGAGUAUAACAAGUGGGAUUCCUGGAAAAAGGUGUAUAGAAUCGACUUGAAGAACGAGAUUGUUGGAAACUUGAUUGGAAUGUUUGGGUUCACAUACGGUGGCAACCUUUGUCUUGAUGACGGAAAUGGACUUAGACUUAUUGACCCGAGUCAGGAUCCGCCUUCUUACUACACUUGCAGAGGAAUCAUUUACAAGACGGCAGAUUUUGUGGAGUCUCUCAUUUCUCCUUCCUCCCUUAAUUAGAGGUAGUCUUGGGUUCAAAAUAUGACCACUUUUGUUUCUUUUAUUAUUAUGAUUUUCUAGUCAAGAUAUAACAGUAGUGUAUCAAAGUUAUGUGCAUUGUGGAUCAAUUUUACUUUAAAGUCUGUUCCUGAUUCACCUUGAUGCCGAGGUUCAGUUAGCAGAUUAUGCAGUUACAAACUCACAAUGCUGCUUUGAUGAUUUCCCGGUACAUAAGACCGCGACUAGGUCGUGCCAUCACCCGUGGGCAACCGUGGAAUUUCCUUUUGAUCUAGCUUCUUCUAAUAUUUUUUUGUUAUUUCUCAACCCUGUUGUAACAGCUAUAUAUGUCGACGUUUAAUGUACUUGUAAGUGGUAUUACGUUUAACGAAAUGAUACUUUCUUUUUAA